CUCAUAACUUCAAGGAGUAGAAGAAUAGAAAAUGUCUAACAUGGCUGUAGUAUUUCGAAAAACUCUAAUUCUUGGCCUGCUGAUAGCCUUCGAUUGUGCCACAGCUGCUAGGCCCAAUCCAAUCUUUCCCCAAUCACGGAUAGUGGGUGGAGCAACUGCCAGUGAGGGGCAGUUUCCGCAUCAGGUAUCCUUGCGCUGGGGUGGCAGCCAUGUGUGUGGUGGUUCCAUAAUAUCGCCCACCUACAUUGUGACAGCGGCCCAUUGUCUUACCCGAGGAUCACCGCCAACAAGCUUCCCCGCCGACUAUAUCAGCAUACGAGCUGGCAGCCGCAAUAGAGAUGAGGGUGGCCAGAUUAUACAGGCAGCCGAAUUGAAAAUCCAUCCUUCAUAUGAUAGAUUCAACAACGACAUAGCCUUGGUGAAAUUAUCCAAACGAUUGCAAUUCAAUGACAAAGUAAAGGCCAUACCGCUGACGCGCCACGAACCACCGACUGGGGUGCCAGUUUUUACCUCCGGUUGGGGUCUGACCCGCAACAAUGGUGGCACAUCGAAAUAUUUACAAUACACGGUGUUGAUGGCACGUAGGCAUGCCGAGUGUGGCCAGUCGACUCCUGAGUCUGUGUUGUGUUUGGCCCACAGUAGCGGUAAUGGAGUGUGCAGCGGUGAUUCCGGCGGUCCAGCUGUCUACAACAAGGAAUUGGUUGGGGUUACCAAUUAUGUGGUCGAUGGUUGUGGCAGUACAUUUUCCGAUGGUUUCGCCAGUGUGGCUUACCACCACGAGUGGUUGAGCAAUAAUUCUAGGGACUAAAAAUGGAAUUUGUUGGACGAUAAGGGUCCAGGUCGAAAUAAAAUGAAAAAAAAAAAAUGAUCAUCUUAA